GCGCUGCUAUGCUGUUUAUGUUCAGCCUUCCUGUUUCUGCAAAAUGUCAACGUGCAAAACAAUCAAAGUCAUCAAGAAAAUGAAUUCGUCUUGUGACAUCAUUGGGAUAGACGGGUACCAUGACGACGUGAAGGCGUCAUGUCGCUCAAGUCUUUCGGUUUCAUGAGAUCACAGAAUGUACUGAUGUACGAGAUACGCCGAGAAAAAUCAAAUCCCAAAGGCAAAGUGAAUGACUCUGUGCCUUGGAAAUCUAGUCUCUUCUCAGACUUUUCUCCUACCUUCUCUUGUACAUGCCCAUAUGGCUGAAACUGUCUCGUGUCAGCCCUUUUCUCCUCUUUGUCAGACAUGCCGGUUAUAACUAAGUGUAGCGGGUGCUGGUGAUUUUAUUUCGUUGUGAUUGGUGAAUGUUCAUUAUUCGGUGCUGAGAACUAUUUCAAGUGAAGACUUCUUGUUCGCGAUCCACACGGAAACGAUGUUCUUCAACGGCCAGCACCGGAAAACUCCCGUUGUUUCGUUAGGGGGAAACAGCAAACUGACCAGUCGCCAAGCUCUCUUGAAACGUGCUGCAGAAGAGAGAAGGAAGCGUCAGGAGCAGCAGCAGCACCAAGAGUGCGCGUCGAGAAUUCAGCGGUCUUGGAGGUCACAUCGUGCUCGUCUAGCGUUGGAACGGCAGCUACACGCUGAGUUCUCCACUGCCCUGCAGUCGCUGACUGCAUCCCGGGCGCAGCAGCCUGUGACAGCCACUGCACUUGGCAACCUCAUGGUGCACCUGGCUGUUCUGUAUGAUGAUUCAAACGACAGUGCCCAGCAGCUGAUUCAAGUUUGCUCUGUACUACUGCGUCAUCAGAAGUGCUUCCAGGCAGACAUUCGAGCUAAGCCAGCGAACUGGUCCAUUCGAUUGAAACAAUUUGUUACUGUGGUUGUCCGAUUCCUGAGGCAGUACGCCACAUCAGAUAGUGUAUCUAUUUCCUCACCGCUGCGGUUGCUGGAAGUUCUACUUGACCCAAAGCCUUACAGCAAUGCCAACACUGCAGUGCAAGGCCAGGUGGAAGACAUGGUGUCGUCGUUGACGGUUCUUAUUUGCCACAAGCAAGGAUAUUUUUCCACCAUGUUGAGUCUUCUUGUCAGCAAGCUGCCUGCGCCAGUCGAGUACUCCUCUCGUUCUCCAUCUCCGUUUGCCCAGGCUCUACUUGGUGUACUGCUCUUGCCGUUGCGGAUAGUGGGUUCUCAUCGGGACAUUGUUGUUGAGCAGCUCUGCAAGGACCUGCUACCGCUAAGUUGUCACCCGGUUGUUCGCCUGUAUGUCCUACCUGCCCUUUCGGACCACCUGUCCCUGUCUGAACUGGUGCGUGCGUCUCCUGCCAUCAGCACUAUCGGUGAAUGCACCUCCACCCCGUCGAUUCCAUCCACAGAUAUUGGUCCUGCUGCUGCUCCUACACACCGAUCUUCUAAAGUGUGUCACAGUAUUUUCCCGUCGAGACAACCGGUUUGUUCCGAGUUGCCGGCUAACCCUACAGGCUGGGCACUGUACAGUCUACUGCAGGUUGUUGAGCAGUCUUACUUGGCACAGCAGACGGAUGCGUCACAGCUGGUCAGUGAUAUGUCUGUACUGUUAGAGGCGAUCGCCACCGCAAUGCCAGCGAUAGCCCCAGCCGAAACGCCAAACGUAAUGGUCGAGGACACUGCACGAGGUGUGGAGAACAUGCAAAUGGACGACUCCGAUAGCGAAGCUGAAAACACCUGGAGCUCUCCAGAAGCGGUGCUGGCACCGCGCAUUGCAAAGUAUCUACACAUGUUCUUCCUGCAAGGGCAGUGUGAGCGGCUGCUGACGAAUUCCGACCUGUGCCGUACGAUUGUCAGGCUCAUCGACAGUACCAGUCACGCUAAUGGCAAGCUGAACGGGCAAAUCUUCAAAGGACUUACGUCAAUCUGUUCUCACUACCUGCUGUAUAAACCGUCUCGAUUCCGCCAAUCAAAGCUGUUUGAAGACUUGUGCUAUCGACCACGGAUAUUGCGCGAGUUGUGGAGACACAUCAGUACUUGUACGCUGUCAGCACCCAGUGGUGACAAGACAUUGCUGCUGGACUUGAUCAAGAACAGUGUGUAUAGUCCGGCACCGAGUGUGGCCAAGUUCUUUGUCGACCACAUCUCAACGUUCUGUGCUCUCCUGAUCGUGCACUUGUCGCAAGUGGACGCCGACGCCUUCAGGACCGGCAACAUGGUGUUCUCCAUAGGCGAGUUGAGUAAGAUCAGCGCGUCCUUGCUGGACGUCAGCCUGUCUCUGCUCCGCUCGGACACACUCGGCGUUACCAAGAUCGUCGCCGAGUGCUUGGCACUGGACCUGGCCGUAGUGGGCCGCUUUGCCACACUGCCUGCAUUACACACACAGCAGCGCUUGAUGUCUAUGCCAGCAGCACAGAAACACAGCAGCAGUGUAACACCGUACUCAUGGGCCAUGUGCUUUCAGCUGAUGUCCAGUUUCUUACGCUACCUCCAUGCUCGUGAUAAACGUACACCAGUGUUCCACCCUAUCCACUGGCAGAUCAGACAGUCCCAGUUUGACUUUGACAAUUUUGCUCUGGUGGAUCCUUCAAAGGUCUUCCCUGAAGGUAGUGAAGGUGUAACUCCAGCAACGAUGGCCUCUGCUCAGACGGUCAUCAUUCUGCGAACAAUGCCGUUUGUGACCCCGUUCAUGGAGCGCGCUCGGUUGUUCCUGGACCUCAUGCUUCAGGACCGGAUGACGCUGGAGCAUUCAGUGUUCCGUGAGUUUACCAUUCGCGUCCGUCGCAGUCACGUCUAUGACGAUGCUUUCUCACAGCUCAGCCCCAUGGCAGUCCCAGACCUGAAGACUGAUCUGUCCAUUCAGCUGUUCAACUUCCAGGAUCUCAGUGAAGCAGGCAUCGAUGGUGGCGGUGUGUUAAGGGAAUUCCUGACCAUCUUCGUCCAGGAAGCGUUUGACAGCACUCGUGGACUGUUUGUGUACACCGACGACAAGCACAUCUAUCCUAAUCCAGCGGUUUAUUCGCUUGGCAUGUAUAACGAUCCAGCUAUUCACUAUCACUUCCUGGGUAAAAUGCUUGGAAAGGUGUUAUUUGAGAACCUGCUGGUGGACUUGCCGUUCGCCAGUUUCUUCAUCCAGAAAGUAAUUGAUGGUGCAUCCGCACCGUUGUCGCUAGACCACCUUGAGUCACUUGAUCCGGAGGUUUACAAGAACCUGUUGUACAUGCGAGAACAUGAGGACGGUGUGGCGGAUCUCUUCUUGAACUUCACGGUUGUCAAUACGAGCCUUGGGAAGGCCGAUGUUGUUGAACUGAAACCAGGCGGCGCCAACAUUGCUGUGACUCGUGAGAACUGUGCCGAGUACAUUGCCGCUGUGGCUAAUUACAAGCUCAAUACCCAGCUUGAAAGCCAAUGUGCAGCAUUUCGAGAAGGGUUUGCAUCAGUUGUCAACAUCUCUUGGUUGCGUCUGUUCACAGCAUCUGAAGCUCAGAUCUUGAUAUCCGGUGCACAAGUUCCUCUUGAUUUGGAGGAUUUACAGAACAACACCCACUACUCAGGAGGCUAUCACGAGACUCACCCGACCAUUCUGUUGUUCUGGGACGCUGUGAAGACAUUCACCAACGACCAGCUGCAUCUUCUGCUCAAGUUUGUUACAAGCUGUUCACGUCCUCCUCUGUUUGGAUUCAAGGAUUUCCAUCCGCACUUUGCUAUUCACAACGCGCUGAGCAGCGAACGCCUGCCUACAGCCAGCACGUGCAUGAACCAGCUCAAGCUGCCGCCGUACGAAGACCUGGCGACACUGCGUGACCGUCUGCUAUACGCCAUCACGUCUGGAGCUGGCUUCGAACUGAGCUAAUAGUUUCACGUCCGUAUCCUAUUCCCCAUUGUGCCCUGUGUCUAGUGUGUCUUGUCACAGGCACUAUACAGUACACGUACCAUUAUAAAUAUUACCGUUCCAGCCAGCCAAUCUCAUGAACUGUAUCAUCAUAUCCUGAAAUCAUGCAUAUCCCGUCAUUUGGCAAGUCUCUGGUAGAUUGCCGUCCACAUUGUGUCAUCGUGCAUCAAAAUGUUCUAUCCAACAUCUACAACACGUUCAACACCAAAUUGCUUUUUAUCUGCUCCACAGCCGUUGAACGGUACCCUUACACAUAUAGUUUGUCAUUGGAUUUAUCUUAGCUUUCCUGAUUUCUUUUCAAAGGAUGUGCUUCCUUACAUCAUUGCCUGUCAUGUAUGUUCCUUAUAUAAAGACAGUCGCUGCUGCGCCUAUUUAUUUCUAAGGUUAAAAUCAAAGAUGUGAUAAUGCGCGUGAGAGAGAACGGGCGGAUGAGCGCAGAAAUAACUAGCGUACAGAAACUCAACAGGAAAAUAUGGAAAUUUCAUGGGAACGAUCUCUCACCGGAGCUGGAGGGGAUCCUGGUUCUCAGGGUCAAUGAGAUAUGGGUCCCAUAUUUGGGGAUGAGAGUCAAUAUGGCAGUAAUUAUGGCAGGAAGUUUCCUGAAUG